CUCGUGUUUUGUUUUUUAAGGGCUAAAGUGAUGCCUCGUGGUGAAAAUGUCAAACGUGUUUGGGAUUGUUUUACACAGUGUUCAGGAUACCAUGAAUAUACCGCCAUCCACGUUUGAAAUGGACGACAUGAACCCGACAAUGAAACGACAGACAACAUAAUUAUAAGACUAUCACAUUUCACAAACAUUCAUCACACAUUCAUUAAAAAAGUGAAAAUGUAGUGUUAUUUUAUUAAAACACAGAAUUUAACCGACGUGAGUGUAAAUAUUAAAAGAACUUGAAAUGAAAAUGAACAAAGAAGUGUUUAAAAUCUAAGAUAAUAACACUGAAUUUGACAGUGUUUUAGUAAAGUGAAGUUUCGUUCAAAAUGGGGUGCGGCCAGAGCAAAAUCAAUUUGUAUCCGCGGCGGAGCAAGAAUAGUAGCAAGAAUUCAAAGAAAUCAGGAGGUGCUGCCGAGACAAACGAGUCUGAGGAGGAGGAAGGAUGCCCGGAAGCCACCGGCGAGGACACGGAGCCGGAAGACCACCAGCCAGACACCAGGCAGCAUGUCCUGCCCAUCACGGAGCACCAGCCUGCCUUUGAGGUGUCGGCGAGCCAGCAAAACUUCUUCAAAAUGCUAGAUGAAAAGAUUGAACAGGGUAAGGACUAUGACUCGUCGAGCGAAACGGAAAUCCAAGAGGAGGAGGAGCGUAAACGCAGACUCAUAGAGCAUUGGUGCUCCUACUCCCAGUCGGCCCAGUCCUCCGUGUGCACCCCCAGCCCGCCAACCCCUGCAGCCCGGCGCCGCAUGACACGCUCAGUCUCCCGCGCCUCCGAGCGGCAAUGCGGCCCCAGCACCAGCCAGGAGUCGCCCCCCAUCCGCCGCACCCACAGUGGACAGACUCACGAGCCUCGGCCGUCCACAUCCGCUGAAUGGGACCCCAACAAGUCGCCCAUGAAACGCACCCAGAGCGCUGGCCCCUGCUGGCGAGGCGCUCCUAAGGUCGGCCCCAUGCCUAAACCCAAAGGUGACAGAAAAGAUGAACCUGUCGCCGGCUGCAGCAAAGACUCUCAGAUAACUUACAACCCAACAUUCCAAAAUCACAGCCCAGCUCACUCAAAGAGCCAGCCGUAUAUAGCUCAGCUCGUUUCGUACCCACUGGGCGCUCCGGCUUCGCCCACAAAAUAUAUCGCGCCCCCAGAAGAAUACCAAGACCCGGACGUUAGCACUGUCGACAGGCAGAUGACGCAAAUGACGAUGACUCAAGUGAACUCCCAGUCCCAGAUCUAUUACAUACACGGGAAUGCGGCCGCGACGGGAGCUCAUCCCGACAUCGUGCAGCAACGGCAGCAGACCGCCAUACAUCUGCAGCAGUAUGUUGCCAUGAAACAAGCCCAGCAGCAAAUGUUCAGUUCGUACAUGCAGCGCAGCCCACAUGCUGUGUAUCCCGGCGGGGAGUACCCACCGAACACUCCUCGGAUGUACGAAGGGGAGGAAUUAGCAGCUCAAUACGGAUACCCCGGUCCGCGGCCGCAGAGCGCGCCCCAACGCGGGCACGUUGACGUGGGUCACAUGCACACUCCGGUCUGGAACCCGCUGCCGCCAGUGAUGACCACGCAGUGGGCCGGCGGAGUCGUCCCGCCGGAGAUGCAGUACUACCCCCAAUCACAGUUCGUGCCGAUGUUCCGCGCCACCUCCGCCGGGUCCGCCGGGACGCUGACCCGUUACCACAAGAAGGAGGAUUCAGAGAAGACCGUGCAGACUAUCAGCGUGGUACGUGGCAAGCCCGUCGGGCAGAUAGUGGCCGUAAGCGGGCAAGAGUUGGCCGUGAGUAGCACGGUGAGCGACAGCCCCAGCCCGGCCUCCGUGUCCACGGACAGCGGCGUGUCGCCGGGCACCUCGGCGCCCAGCUCCAAGAGCUCGUUCAGCUCGACGCCGCCCACCACCAUCGCCAACGACAACUUCGAGCCGCACCCCAAGCCAAAGAAAAACAAAUCGACCACCAAUCGUUCUCUAAAAGUUUCCAAAAGUCUAGACGCUUAAGUCUCUGAAACUUGGUUUUGUAAUUAUGUAGAUUUUAUAAGUGUACUUAGUCUAGUCUUAUUGUAUAGUAUUGACUAUAUUAUAGAUUCCGAUUGUUUAAAAUGUAUUGUUAUUAUCAGAUUUGUUUAUUUCAAUGUCAAAAUGUGUACCUAGUUUAAAAAGGAUUAUGAUUUUUCACGGUUGAGAAAGGAGCUAAUUGAAUGCAAUAGAACUUCUUGACUUCAGCUUGCCUUUUGAAGGACAACUUUGGGAAAUUGUAACUCCAUUUAUUAAACCUAACAAUUGAAAGUCACUUAAGUAUGUACUACAUUCUUAAAUCCCUACAUGUCCUGAAUUCACUCCCAAUGUGAUAGAUUAAGAAGAAAUAAAUUAUAAAUGUUACAAUAGAAAUUGUGUCGAAGCAUACGGAAAUUAUGAGAAAUUCACGAAAUAAGAAACAAAAGGUUUAAUUUAAAGUUCUUACCUACAUUUUAGGAGCUAAAUAGGUAAUUUUCGUAUGCUUCAACACACAUAAAUACUUGUGCUAGAACCUUCCGCGCCAAAACUAUAAGCUGUGUAAGAUUCACCCACACUCAAGUACUUACCUUUUUAAUUAUUUUUCUAGGUAGGUUCAGUCAGUAUCAUAAGUAGCUUACCACACUAUGCGCCAAAAGUAUCUACCAUUCUCUGGUAACUUAACAAAAAGGGAUAUGUCUGCAUAUGUAAUAUAGGACGAUUAAACUGUUGCAUUGCAUAUACUUUUGAAAGCAAACUGUCGAGAUAUAUCUCAUUUGGAAAAUAUUUCAAGGGUGGCUGAUACCUUUGGCGACUUGUUUCAUCCGGCAGAAAACUUGGCAAUGUCUACCGCAUUGUAGGAUCGCCAUGAAUAAGUACCUCAGUAAUCAUUCUCGAGAAUCCCUACCUUCUGCUCUCGUUUCUCGAAAGAUUCAAGCCCUUAUCAAAAUUCCUCCUUGCGUCGUAUUCCUCAAUAUUGAGGGUCGUGACUGUUGCAUCACUUUCUCUCUUAUGAUCUUUCUUCAUCGGUUUCUGUCUUUGGUCUUAUCAAAAUUAGCAACAGCUUAUAGUAUUGGGGCCACACAUGCUUGCUAAAGGUUCUAUAAAUGUCGCAAUAUAUGUGCAUUCUGUUGUAGAGGGUAAGCACGGGAAAGCAGAUCUCUGUGAGCAAAAAUUUCGAACUAAGGGCCUAAACUAAAAGCCGUUUUACAGAUUGGCAAUCUAGCGGCUGGUGUUGUUGCCAGGUGCAAAAAAGGCGUAAAAACGAAAAGUGACAUGGUGAUUUCAACACAUGAUUUUCUUUUCGAAAAGUGUUUACGAAUAUCUCCUAGGCUCAACGGAGGUUUGUUCGUUAAACAGGGUUAUUUAUCGCUAUUGUGAUCACGUAACACGCUUGGCGAACGAGACGGUUAUUUUAUCCUCAUUGAUUAUUAUAUUAAUAAUAAAUGCCAAAACCGAGAUACUCGUUUGCCAUUUUUGACACAGAGGUCUGUGACACCCGCCGUAACAUACACGUAUGGAACGCCCCUUUAAAACCAAAGAGAAUUAAGUCCAAAGAUAAAAGAAAUUAAGAAUCGAUUUUAUUGCAGCGGACAUAAGGAUGUUAUUGGAACGAGAUAUUUUUCGACUUAGUGCACUUUAUUUUUAAAGGCGCGAGUAGGUAAUCAUAAUCUAUAUUUGUGGAGUUGUAUAAUAUCUAAAUGUCUAGACAACUGUGUAGUACUCGCGUCUCUGUAACAAUGCAUUAUUAAAUAAAUAAAUGGGAAUAAA